GCCGCUUCGCCCGACCCUCGACGAGCGCCAGCGAGCCAAGGGACCGAACGUCUCAGUUGUGGCUGGAACCCUGUUAGGUAAACAUAUUCUACGUCCGCCGAGAAGAUCGAGAAUGAAGCUUGCCAGCGGCCACGAGGUGACUCCCCUGGAGGGCGAGGAACUGGCGAGGCAGGAGAGGGACUGGACCGGAUACACCGAAGGCAUGGUUCGUCUUCACCCCGGAAGCUGGGUCUUCCCGGCGCCUUUCACAGAUUAUGCUAAUAAGAUAUACAACUUUGAGGUGAAGCCGAGUGACGUUAUGGUGGUGACUUGGCCCAAAUGUGGCACUACCUGGGUUCAGGAGGUCGUGUGGACCAUGAGGAACAACCCGAACCUCGACCACCCUCAGGCGGCUCUGCCCGUUAAUGCCCGCGUGCCUUUCCUUGAGUUUGACAUGUUGAUGCGUUCCAAGAAACUGACCCCCCCUGGUCCCGACCAUCCCAUCAUGCAAGGCUUCAAUAAGCUGUGUCCAGGGAAGAACCCCGCCGACGGCAUCUUCGUGCAGAUCGGCGAGGCCACUCCCGAGCCCCGGACGCUCAAGUCCCACCUCCCGCUGUCGCUCCUGCCGCCAGCCCUGGUGAACGUUGGCAAGGUCGUUUAUGUGGCAAGGAACCCGAAAGACGUAUUGGUGUCUUUCUGUCAUCAUUCAAGAAUUUUCAAAAACCAUAAUUACGUUGGAAGUUUUGAGGACUUUGUUAAAUAUUUCAUCGACGGGGACUUGGUGUAUGGACCUUAUUGGCAGCACCUGAAGGAAGCCUGGGAGAAGAAAGAUAACCCUAAUCUACACUUCCUCUUCUACGAGGAUUUGAAGGAAAAUAACAUGGAAGAACUAAAAAGACUAGAUGAUUUCCUUGGCACUAAACUCACCCAAGAGCAGCUGGACAAUGUGGCUCGCCACACAAGCUUUUCUCAGAUGAAGGCGCGUGAUUCUGUCCUCGGAGGCGGAGACAUGGAGGCCGUUUUCAACAUGGAAAUCGUCAACAAGGACGGCGGCUUCUUCAGGAAGGGUGAGGUGGGAGACUGGAAGGGGAAGUACACUCCCGAACUGGAGGCCAAGGUCGACGACUGGAUCAAGUUGCGCCUCUCGGACAUGGGCAUCGGCUUCAAAUACUCGGUGUGAGGCGGAGGCACAAGAGGCGAUUUGCCUCCACGAUUUUGCUCGAGAUAUUCAGAGCUUUGAUUGAUUCGUACACAGAGAUCGCUGAGUAUUUCAUUAUUGGAAUUAUAUUGUACUAUUUUAUUCUGAAUGGUAUUGUAAUUAUAACAGAUGUUCCUACACAUUUUAAACAAGUUACAUUAUUUCUACUUUAAUUUAUAAACGUGAACACUUAUCACAGUGGAAUGGUAAAUAAAAGUUA